GGGAGGAGGAGGAAGAGGAAAGGGCCGGGCGGCGGCUGCUGUAGGUGGAGGCUGUAGGUUGUUCGGGGCGGCGGCGGCUCUCUUCCGAGCGGACGAUGGACAGCCAGGGCAGGAAGGUCGUGGUGUGCGACAACGGCACCGGGUUUGUGAAGUGUGGAUAUGCAGGCUCUAACUUUCCAGAACACAUCUUCCCAGCUUUGGUUGGAAGACCUAUUAUCAGAUCAACCACCAAAGUGGGAAACAUUGAAAUCAAGGAUCUUAUGGUUGGUGACGAGGCAAGUGAAUUACGCUCAAUGUUGGAAGUUAACUACCCUAUGGAAAAUGGCAUAGUACGAAAUUGGGAUGACAUGAAACACCUGUGGGACUAUACAUUUGGACCAGAGAAACUUAACAUAGAUACGAGAAAUUGUAAGAUCUUACUCACAGAACCCCCUAUGAACCCAACCAAAAACAGAGAGAAGAUUGUAGAGGUAAUGUUUGAAACUUACCAGUUUUCUGGCGUGUAUGUAGCCAUCCAAGCAGUUCUGACUUUGUAUGCUCAAGGUUUAUUGACUGGAGUAGUGGUGGACUCUGGAGAUGGUGUAACUCACAUUUGCCCAGUUUAUGAAGGCUUUUCUCUCCCUCACCUUACCAGAAGACUGGAUAUUGCUGGGAGGGAUAUUACCAGAUAUCUUAUCAAGCUGCUUCUGUUGCGAGGAUACGCAUUCAACCAUUCUGCAGAUUUUGAAACAGUUCGCAUGAUUAAAGAAAAAUUGUGUUACGUGGGGUAUAAUAUUGAGCAAGAGCAGAAACUGGCGUUAGAAACCACAGUAUUAGUUGAAUCUUACACACUCCCAGAUGGCCGCAUUAUCAAAGUUGGGGGAGAGAGAUUUGAAGCACCAGAAGCUUUAUUUCAGCCUCACUUGAUCAAUGUUGAGGGUGUGGGUGUUGCUGAAUUGCUUUUUAACACAAUCCAGGCAGCUGACAUUGAUACCAGGUCUGAGUUCUAUAAGCACAUUGUGCUUUCCGGAGGGUCUACGAUGUACCCUGGGCUGCCAUCACGACUGGAACGAGAGCUGAAACAGCUUUACUUAGAACGAGUGUUAAAGGGAGAUGUGGAAAAACUUUCUAAAUUUAAGAUCCGCAUCGAAGACCCGCCCCGCAGAAAGCACAUGGUAUUCCUGGGUGGUGCAGUCCUCGCAGACAUCAUGAAAGACAAAGACAACUUCUGGAUGACCCGACAGGAAUACCAAGAAAAGGGCGUCCGUGUGCUGGAGAAACUUGGUGUGACUGUCCGAUAAACUCGAGCUUGUUCCCAUCACACCCUUAACGCUUUCUUUUUUUUCCUUUACUGCCAAUCUUUGAACUUAUUAAACUCCAGGACAUGGAAGAGGCCUCUCUUUGCCCUUUGACUGAAAAGGUCAGGUUUUAUUCUGGUAUCUUAGGGAAGCUUUGUUAAAUUUUUGUUAAUAUGGGUAAAUCUGACUGGUUAAUUCAACCACUUCCUUACAAACACAAGGAGAGGGCAAAGGGUCCUGUGUGCUGCUUUGUUUCUUCUAAGUAGGCAUUUAGAUCACUCCUGUAGGCUGCCUAUUUUCACUCUACUCGCUAAUGCUGCUAGUUUUAGCACACUAGGUGGUAUGCCUUUAUUAGCCUAAGAAAAAACUUUAACAGGAGCUUUUACGUGUUAUUGGGGUGGGGGUGGUACGGGAUGGGUGGGCAGCUGCUGAACCCUUUAGGGCAUUUUCUCUAUAGUGUGGCGCUUUCAACAGUUACUGGUGCAGAUGUAAGUACCUUGAAGCUCUGUUAUUGACAUUUUAGGGAAAUAGGCUCAUAACUGAAGUGUUUUGUGUAGGGGUUAGGGAAGGUGGUCUUUUGAUUUUGAUAUUUUGAUUUUUGAACUUUUCUGCUCUGGGUACAAAAGAUGAACUUUAUUUACAGUACUUUGAUUUGGCAGGUUUUCUUCUACUUUUAUUCUGCCUGGAACUGUUUCCAUAUGAUAUAAAAAACAAGUAUAAGUACAGUUUUUUAUAUCCUUUGGAAGUAUAAAAAAUAUUACCAUGUGGCUUAGGGAUUUGGUUUUUUAAGUCAACCAUGUUGUCUGGGACUAGACUCCCUAAAAUCUGUCAGUGGAAAAGUAACAUUUAAAAAAUGCUAUUGGACAAAUUAUAGAUUUAAAAAGUGCUUAAGAGCUGGUAUUUUCUAAGUGCUUCUGUUUAUACCAGGAGCAUUAAGAUAACCCAGUGCCAAGUACCAUUCUUGCAAAUUAUUCUUUUAGAUAACUUACCAGUGCUUAUUUAAUAAAAGAUAUAUAUAUAAAUAAUUACUGGCAGUAGGUUAUAAAUGUUGGGUAAAAAUAACAUUGAAAUAUGGGACUUGUUGCCAGAUUGGUAAUUUUCAUUAGAUUUUUUUUGUUUGUUUUGAUUUGAAACCUGGAAGUGGAGUAAAAUUGAACUAUCUAAAAUGUUGGCCAAAAAAUCAAGAUUUAAAUUUGUAUCUGUAUUGAAAAAUUAAUCAUAACGACUAAAUCUCAGCCAUCCUAUGCUUGAAAGAAGAGUUGUUGGUAAUUUGUAAAUGUUAGCAGACUUUCCUGCCUACUUCAGAAAAUCAUAUUUAUGAAGUCUUUCAGAAUUGUUCAGUAUCUAAAAAAAUACUCAGGCGUGAAUUCUUUCUAAAUUUGAAAAAUAAAGUAAUAAGAAAUUGUAUCGCAUUAAGUACAAAAUGCAGAUUCUGGAAAAAAAAAUGUGUUGGUGGUUUUUUUUUUUUUUUUUCAUUUCAAAAAUUGUUUACUAAUAAUGAAAGAAGAAAGCUUUGCUUUGAAAGGAGAAGCUUAUUUUUCUGGGUAACUGAGAUUGGAGAAAUUAUUGACUUUAGAAUCUCUUGAGAAAACUUAAAAAUCAGUUCAUAUGAAAUAAGCAGCAAAAGGAGGUUAGUUUUCAUUAUGCAGCUUCUGUUAAUAUUAAGUAUUUUUUCUCUGUUUUACCUCAAUUUGAACAAAUAAAAGAAGUUUGCCUGCAUGCGGGACAUGCCUCAGUACAUGUGAAUAGCCUAUGAAUAACAUCUACUAGAUUUAGGGACCUAGAUGUCAGAGUACUUUGGGGUUCUAAAGUGCUCCUAAAUCAUAUUCAUGUAAACACCCCCAGCCUUUUGAGUACUGGACUCUAUAAAGGACACAAAUGUAGGACCAGUACCUACUAGCUGUUCAUUUCAGGUAAAUGGAUUGACUCUUGGCCUUUGGUCAUGAUUUUAUAACAUGGGGGUAGAAAACAACAAAGAAUGGGAUAGGCUCUUAAUAAAACAAUGAAAGAGCAUUUAUUAUCUGUCCUUUGAAUGUAGAAUUUGGUUUUAAUUUCAUAUUCUAGCAAACAUGACAUUAAAAUUGUGUAUUAAUAUAUAUUGUAUAAUUUUAAAAUUUCAUUUUAUAAUUUUCCUAUUCCAAGGUGAAAUAAUGCAUUUAGUAAUUUUGGGGGGGGGUAGUAUUGUUUGAUUGGAGUUGUCUUGUAUGAAUGAGUUUCUCAAAUUAAAAUUUAUUCUAAGAGAUCUGAUUUUUAGCUCUUAAACCAUUGUCAUUUAAAUUUCCAAAAAUGAUUAAAAGUCUUUCCUUUUAAAAUUAGAAUUGCCAGUACCUUGACCUUUGAGAAGGGUUUCUUAGAAAUAGGUCCUGCGGUUAAACUUUUUUCUUUAAAACGUGGUAUUGGAUGUUAACUUUUACACAGUUCUGAGCACUGUUAACAAUAUCAGUUAAGUAUUUUGAGAGAUCAGUGGAAAGUUAAACAUUCUGAAUUUAACAUGAAUAUACUUCUUUUUGAUUUAGAAAAUAAAAUCAGAUUUUUCAAAAUAAA